AUGGGCGUCCUGGCCGCAGCGGCGCGCUGCCUGGUCCGGGGCGCGGACCGGAUGAGCAAGUGGACGAGCAAGCGGGGCCCGCGCAGCUUCAGGGGCCGCAAGGGCCGGGGCGCCAAGGGCAUCGGCUUCCUCACCUCGGGCUGGAGGUUCGUGCAGAUCAAGGAGAUGGUCCCGGAGUUCGUCGUCCCGGAUCUGACCGGCUUCAAGCUCAAGCCCUACGUGAGCUACCGCGCCCCUGAGAGCGAGGAGACGCCCCUGACGGCCGCGCAGCUCUUCAGCGAAGCCGUGGCGCCUGCCAUCGAAAAGGACUUCAAAGACGGUACCUUCGACCCUGACAACCUGGAAAAGUACGGCUUCGAGCCCACACAGGAGGGCAAGCUCUUCCAGCUGUACCCCAGGAACUUCCUGCGCUAGCGGGGCGGGGGAGGGGCCGCGUGCCCUCAUCUCAUUUCUAUUAAACGCCUUUGCCAGCUA